CCAAGGCCUGGGUUUUGCUCUGGAAGCCUGUCCUGCCUGCUUCUGUCAUCUGGCGCUAUGCAUCCGGAUCUUGAAGCCUUAUGUACACUGCUAUAUGUUACUCUUACAGCUCUGUGCUCUUCUGUGAGUUCAGACUUGGCACCUUAUUUUACUUCUGAUCCACUCUCUGCUGUCCAGAAACUUGGUGGACCUGUAGUACUACAUUGUUCUGCUAAACCUGGGACCACUCAUAUCUCAUGGUUGCAUAAUGGAAAAAAAUUGGAUGGAAACAUGGAACAUAUUAAGAUUCAUCAGGGGACUUUGACAAUUCUUUCUCUUAACUCCUCCCUUUUGGGUUACUACCAGUGCCUUGCCAACAAUAGCAUCGGUGCCAUUGUGAGUGGCCCAGCAACAGUAUCUGUGGCAGUUCUUGGUGAUUUUGGUUCAUCCACAAAGCAUGUUAUUACAGCAGAAGAAAACAGUGCUGGUUUCAUUGGCUGCAGGGUACCAGAGAGUAACCCCAGAGCUGAGGUGCGCUAUAAAAUCCGGGGAAAAUGGCUGAAACAUUCCACAGAGAAUUACUUAAUCCUUCCAUCAGGAAAUCUUCAGAUUUUGAAUGUAUCCUUAGAGGACAAGGGAUCAUACAAAUGUGCAGCUUAUAAUCCUGUCACACAUCAAUUAAAAGUUGAACCUAUUGGCCGAAAGCUCCUUGUGAGUCGUCCUUCUUCAGAUGAUUUUCACAUUCUUCACCCCACCCAUUCACAGGCAUUAGCUGUUCUUUCUCGUAGCCCCGUAACCUUGGAGUGUGUGGUGAGUGGGGGUCCCGGCUCCUCAAGUGUAUUGCUAAAGGACGGGCAGGACAUUGCACCAGGAAGCAGCUGGAGAAGGUUGUAUUCUCAUCUUGCCACAGACAGCGUUGACCAAGCGGACUCUGGGAAACUAUUCCUGCAUGCAUUACUCCCACAUUUACAUGAUAGAAUGAAAUUGUUUUGCAUCGUAGAUACUACAGUGUUCUUAAUUUUUCGUAUGUCAAUUACUUUUUUAAUAGACAGUGGAUUCAAGCCAGUUAUAAUUACGGCACCAGCAAGUGCAAAGGUGGCAGACGGAAGCUUUGUCACUCUGUCCUGCAAUGCCAGUGGGAUGCCGCUUCCGGUCAUUCGUUGGUAUGACAGCCAUGGAUUGAUAACCAGCCAUCCAUCUCAAGUCCUGAGAUCUAAAUCCCGAAAAUCACAGUUAUCAAGACCUGAGGGCUCGAACCUGGAGCCUGUGUACUUCGUCAUGUCCCAAGCUGGUGCAAGCUCUCUCCAUAUUCAGGCUGUGACUCAGGAACAUGCGGGGAGAUACAUCUGCGAAGCUACAAAUGAACAUGGUACCACACAGGCGGAAGCAUCUCUCAUGGUUGUUCCUUUUGAAACAAAUACAAAAGCAGAGACAGUCACACUUCCUGAUGCUGCUCAGAACGAUGAAAGAAAUAAGAGAGAUGGUUCAGAAACCGGGUUACUGAGCUCAUUUCCAGUGAAGGUCCAUCCCAGUGCAGUGGAAUCAGCGCCAGAGAAAAAUGCCAGCGGCGUCUCGGUUCCUGACGCCCCCAUCAUACUGAGCCCCCCACAGACCCACACGCCAGACACAUACAACCUGCUAUGGAGGGCAGGCAAGGAUGGUGGGCUGCCCAUCAAUGCUUACUUUGUGAAGUAUCGAAAGCUGGACGAUGGGGUUGGCAUGGUGGGAAGCUGGCACACGGUUCGAGUCCCAGGAAGUGAAAACGAGCUCCAUUUAGCUGAGCUGGAGCCAUCUAGUCUUUAUGAAGUCUUGAUGGUAGCAAGAAGCGCAGCAGGUGAAGGCCAACCUGCCAUGCUUACCUUCCGAACCAGCAAAGAAAAAACAGCAUCAUCAAAAAACACCCAGGCAUCCUCUCCACCCGUGGGCAUCCCUAAGUAUCCUGUUGUUUCAGAGGCUGCAAACAACAAUUUUGGAGUGGUACUUACAGAUUCCUCUAGGCACAGUGGAGUUCCAGAGGCACCAGAUCGGCCUACCAUCUCCACUGCAUCAGAGACAUCGGUCUAUGUCACUUGGAUUCCUCGGGCAAAUGGGGGGUCUCCAAUCACUGCCUUCAAAGUUGAAUAUAAACGGAUGAGGACCAGCGAUUGGCUGGUGGCAGCUGAAGACAUCCCUCCUUCCAAACUUUCAGUGGAAGUUCGUAGUUUAGAACCAGGUUCAACAUACAAAUUUAGGGUCAUUGCCAUCAACCAUUAUGGUGAGAGUUUUCGGAGUUCAGCAUCUCGCCCUUAUCAGGUGGCUGGGUUCCCCAGUCGCUUUUCCAACCGUCCAGUAACUGGACCCCACAUUGCGUACACAGAGGCUGUCAGCGAUACUCAGAUCAUGCUAAAGUGGACGUACAUUCCAUCCAGUAACAAUAACACUCCCAUUCAAGGAUUUUAUAUCUAUUACCGACCAACAGAUAGUGACAAUGACAGUGAUUACAAGAGGGACGUUGUAGAAGGUUCAAAGCAGUGGCACAUGAUUGGCCACCUGCAGCCAGAAACCUCCUAUGACAUUAAAAUGCAAUGCUUCAACGAAGGAGGAGAAAGUGAAUUUAGCAAUGUGAUGAUCUGCGAGACUAAAGUGAAACGUGUUCCUGGAGCUUCUGAAUAUCCUGUCAAAGACUUGAGUACCCCUCCAAAUUCUUCGGGAAGUGGAGGAAAUGUGGGGCCUGCAGCCAGCCCUGCUAGAAGCAGUGACAUGUUAUAUCUGAUCGUUGGCUGUGUGCUGGGCGUCAUGGUCCUCAUUCUGAUGGUUUUCAUUGCAAUGUGCCUGUGGAAGAAUCGCCAGCAGAAUACCAUACAAAAAUAUGACCCACCAGGAUAUCUCUACCAAGGAUCAGAUAUGAGUGGGCAGAUGGUGGAAUACACCACUCUCUCGGGAGCGAGUCAGAUAAAUGGAAAUGUUCACGGAGGCUUCCUAACCAACGGCGCUCUCAGCAGUGGCUAUUCCCACCUUCACCGUAAGGUCCCCAACGGAGUCAAUGGAAUCGUGAAUGGGAGCCUAAAUGGAGGGCUUUACUCUGGGCACACCAACUCUCUAACCAGGACGCAUGUGGAUUUCGAACAUCCUCAUCAUCUAGUGAAUGGUGGUGGAAUGUACACGGCCGUGCCUCAGAUCGACCCUCUGGAGUGUGUUAACUGCCGAAACUGUCGAAACAACAAUAGGUGUUUCACCAAAACCAACAGCACUUUCAGCAGCAGCCCUCUCCCUGUGGUCCCUGUAGUAGCACCUUAUCCUCAGGAUGGUUUGGAAAUGAAGCCCCUCAGUCACAUGAAGGUGCCUGUAUGCCUGGCUUCCGCAGUCCCUGAUUGUGGUCAGUUGCCUGAGGAGAGCGUCAAGGACAAUGUGGAACCAGUCCCUACUCAGCGUACCUGCUGUCAGAACAUUGUAAAUGACGUCAGCUCUGAUCGCGCAGAAGAUCCAGCAGAGUUCAGCAGAGGAGACAGCUGUGCCCAUUCAGAAACAGAGAACAACAUUGUAAGUUGGAAUGCUCUUAUUUUGCCACCUGUCCCAGAGGGCUGUGCUGAAAAGACAACGUGGUCUCCGCCUGGCAUUCCUUCAGACAGCCCGACAGAGGUCCUUCAGCAGCCCCAGGAAACCUGAGGAUGUGCAAACAACCAGUCAUUUUCCGACUUCAAGCCAGUAACUGCACAAAACAGGCCUGGGAGUGAACUGUGUGAAGGACCUUAAUUCAAAUCAGAGAAAAUCAUUAUUUAUUUUUUUGUAGUAGUAAUGUCAUAUGAAUGUAUCUUAAAAUGUGUGCCCUUUUAUAUUAUUUAUGCCUUAAAUGUUUUCUUCCCCAUUCCUUCCUCCCCUUCAGUAGGAAACAACCUUGUUUUGCAUAGUAUUCAGUCACCUGGAGGGCCGAGGGGUCCUUCCAUGUUUUCUAACAGCUACAGUGACAGCAAGAGCUCCUCAUGCAAAGGAUCCCAUCUCUUGGCUGUUUUGGCUGAGAGGGAAUGCAGGGGCCAAUUGAAGGUUGCCACCAGCUGGGUUUUCAGGUAGAAAAUGGUCUUUUAAUAGUGUAUUCUCAGACUUUUUUUUUUUUUUUUUUUUGAGAUGGAGUCUUGCUCUGUUAUCCAGG